UUGCGUGUGGCGCCCUCCCUCUCUUGUUGACACGCCACCUUCCUUGUGGAAGCUUUUGCAUAAGCCCUGGAGAUUUCUCGUAUAAAUCUCUGAUCUUGUGAGUUAACCUGGCGCAUCCUUAACCUCAACAGAUGUCUAAACAUUAAUCAUCGGAGAGUGUCUUCUUUCAAGUGAAGAACAGAGUUGACGAUUCUAGAUAAAAAAAACAAGAAUGCCACGCUCUGACAGGACAAUUGUCAUUAAAAUAUCAUGAGGGUUAUCAUGUCAAGACAGCAAUGAUGCAGAGUGAAAGUGAAGAUGUGAUGGCCAAUAACACUGAGAGCUUAUCAGAUUGCAAUAUUUGUGGGCGAUCUCAUGGCACUCAUGAAUGUCCUUUCUUACUGGAUCUCCAGUAUGUUCCAGAUACUCCAAUGCUGUCAAAAGCCCGACAAACAUUACCUCCAGGUCUUGAGAUAACUAAAAUGGCAGAUGGCACGAUAAGCAUCCUUACAAAACGUGAGUUCCUUCGAGGCACAACUUUCGGACCGUUCGAAGCGAAACGUAACUGGACAAUGAAUCCCGUCACCAACUUUCCCAUUCGCAUUUUUGGCACCUCUCCAGCCGAGACAUAUCAUCUGGACUAUUCCAAUGAAGACAACAGCAAUUGGAUGUGCUUCAUUGCCCCAGCAUCUUGCGCCAAAGAGCAGAAUCUCAUUUGUUACCAGGUAAAAUCCAAUAUAUUCUACACGGCAAUGCGUACGAUAAUCUCCGGAGAAGAGCUUCGAGUGUGGUAUGCACCAUUUUAUGCUUUAAAAAUGAAAAUGCCCUUGUACAACGUUGAUUUUGCCUCUCUGGGACCAUCAAUUCCAUCGCAAAACCCUCAGGUGUCGUCAAUUGAUUCUAAAACCAAUCAAAUUGAGAUACUUAAUAAAGAUAUGGCUCAAAAGCUUGCAGAACGUCUUCCUGCUCAACAAUUAGGCGCGAAGGAUAAUAAAGCUGUCUGGAAAUGUAAAAUUUGCACAGCGAUAAUGAAUUCGGUGCCUUCUUACGCAAAACACUUAAUGGAACACUAUAAAUUACUUUUGGGAGCCUUCUGCAAUAUCUGCAAUCGGAAAUUUUACAAUAAUUCAGUUCUUCAGAAACAUAAAGUUGAGAAACAUUCAGAAUUCGUUACUGAAGCUAUUGGUAUCCCAACCUCUGAGAAUCAUCGCCAACAAAAUGCUCAGAUGAUUCUGCUGAACAUGAGUGAGACUGAGGGACAAAAUCCAGAAGCCAUAAAGGAGAUUCUGGAAAAGCUGAAGAUUGGAAAAAAUACCAGUGAUAGCAGCAUCAGAGAAAUUGAUAAAGAUCCCUCUUCAGAUCUUCAUCUCUUGGACACAAACUCCAUUAAUGUUAACGAGCUUUUCCAGAAUAGUAAUUUCAUCGACAAUUCAUCAUUAAAAUCUAUCCUAGAGAAUCAAUGCUUGAACAUUAAUCUCAGUUCAAUGACAGAUUCAAUUCUAUCCGAUAACAUUUCACCUUCCGAUCCAGUGAAAUUUCACGUUGAAGAAAUCACAUCGGAGUUAUUAGAAAUGGCGAAUGAUAGUGAGAAUAUAUCACAACGAAUUGACAAUUUGGAUUGUGAUAUUUGUGGAAAGAAAUUUGAUAAGCCAGAGUAUCUUUAUCGUCACUUGAGGAAACACACGGGAGAAUUUAUUUGUCCAGCAUGUUUAGCUGUUUUUGCAAGAAAAGAGAAUUUGAUGUCUCACGUUUGUUCAUAUUCGAAGAGAACUGAAAAUUUUGAAUGUCCCUAUUGUCAAAAACAAUUUACAGUUAAAAAAUAUCUAAAACGUCAUAUGACUAAGCAUUUUAAUAAGAAUAAUUGCAAAUGGUGUCGAAAGACAUUUCCAUCGCAAUUAGAAUUAGACUCUCAUAAAUGUCCAGCUCCUCGUCACGUUUGUCCACAGUGUGGAAAACGAUUUGUACAUCGCGCCCAUCUCAUUCGUCACGCAAAAUUGCAUAAUAAUCCUAAACCAUUAGUCAAAACUAACAAAACUAUUAAGAAGAAAAGCGCAGAUCAAAAACCACUGAUUUGUGAAAAAUGCGGUAUUUCUUUCAAAACCUCUUACAUCCUGAAUCAACACCUGCGGUCUCACGGCGAACGAACCUUCGAGUGCGAUAUUUGUCAGAGAAGAUUUCAUAGAAUAAGUGUUCUGAAGCAACACCGUCAGAUUCAUGAGAAUGCCCAAAUCCCUUGCAAUGUCUGUGGAAAAAAAUUGAAAUCGAAGAAGGCAUUGGAUGUCCACGUUUUGUUACAUGGCAACAAAAAAUUUCAGUGUGAAAAAUGUGACAAGAGUUUCUUCCAGAGGUGCAACUAUCUCAAACACUUCAAACAGAUCCAUGGAGAAAAGACUAUGUACAAGUGUCCUCACUGUCCAACUCAAUUUACCAGUGAAAAUAGUUACAGUAAACAUGUGGAGACCCAUUUGAAACCUGCUGAGUAUUGUUGCGGAUUGUGUCAAAAAAGUUUUCAUGGCCAGUAUCAGCUGAAGAGACAUACACAGACUAGUCACAGUGGAAUUGUUUAUCGGUGUCCAUACUGCAAGAUGACUGCGAGACACAGGCACAGCAUGAGAAGACACUUUGAAAGACAGCAUAAGGCUCUCAGUGAUGAAUGGGAUAGACCAGGUUUUGUUAAUGGAUUAGAAGAGAAAUUGGAAAAAGUGGAGGGUUCUGGAAAGGAAAUAAACUUUGCUCCGACAAUUGUUGGAGUGGGUGAAGAGGGUAGAAACAAAGAACAGAUGUCAGCUGGUGUACAGGAGAUCCUGCUGCAUGUCUCAGAAGUUGAGGGGACGGAUGAGGUUCCUCAGUUGAGUAUCAGCGAUGCUAAUUCUCACUUGGCAGAGUCAGUCCUCGGAAAUGGGUACAUCUUCGGGGAGGAUGGGGGAGAUAUUAUGUUUUAUGUGCUGGAUAAUGGUCCUGUUGUCAGUGAGUAUUAAAGAUGGAGAGGGAGAGAAAGAAAUUAUUGGAGACUGAGUACUAUUAGGAAAAGAGAAUAAGAGAGAGUGAGGACGUCACAGGACGAAUGAUUCAUCCUCUUGAUAAUUGAAUAAGUUACAAAGAUUUUGUAUUGAUUAGGUUGCCUUUCGUGGGAAGAACAAAAAUUCGUAGGCCUAUUUGUUCAAAAUGUUUCAUUAUAUAUUAGAGUAGCCAUUUAAUUACUUUACUCAUGAUGCUUUAAAGACUUUGAGUACUUGAUAUAGAUUAACGAAUUGAGUUUUUGAAUCGUUCAUACGGUGUAUGAGGAGAUAUUGAUAUAAUUUUUUUAUCAAACUCCAUUGGAUUCUAUCAAUUCUUUCUGAAAAUCACUAGGAAGUGUUCUUUUAAUUGCCGAAAAGAUUUCGACGUUUCCCAUGAGUCUACUCAUUUCAAUAGGUAGUAAGAAUUCCCAAGUUACCAGAAUUAUACAUUUUCAAGACUGAAGAGACUGUGAUACUUUCAGAGUACACAGAUUUUAAAUACAAACUGUAAAUUCCACUGCAAGUGCAAUUUAAUAGUCGGUAAUGUUAAUAGUAGUACGCUUUAGUUAUUUCUUCAGAUAAUUUUGGAAGAUUGUUAAUGGAAAAUGGAGGGAGGUCAAAGGGUCGAGUAUGUGACUCUUGUACCCAAUUUUCAUUUAGACGAAAUAGGUGAAAAUAUUUAAAGCACCGGUUUGUUUUAGAAAUGGAAAUGAAUAAAGAAUAUUUUACA